AUGGCUCUGACUCACACAUACCUCAAUAGCCUCUGGUGCUUCCUGGGUACUCUAGUCGUUACCCGUUUUCUAUGGAGCUACCUUCGCUCUCCCCUCAAACCUUUCCCCGGCCCCAUUGCAGCCAGGUUUACGGAUAUCUGGCGUUUUCAGGACGUACUCAAAGGUCGAUGUGAUGUUACAUACAUUCAACUACAUCGGAAGCAUGGCUCGGUCGUUCGCAUGGGUCCAAAUAUCCUGAGCCUGUCGGAUCCAAAAUUGAUCAAGCAAGUCUUCACCACCAGAAAUCCAUGGUUAAAGAGUGAUAUGUAUAAUGUGAAUGACGUCGUGGUAGCGGGGGUACGCUACAAGAACCUUUUCUCGCACCAGGAUGAGAACUGGCAUUCCAUAUUCAUCCGGCCAGUAAAGCCAAUUUACUCCAUGCGCAAAGUCCAGGAGGCAGAACCUGCUAUUGACCUGACCAUUGAGCUGCUGAUCAAAGUACUCCGCGAGUGCUUCGUUACUCCAAACAACGUCUGCGAUAUGUCAAAGUAUCUCAUGUUUUUCGCAUGGGAUACCAUGAGCCAGGUUACAAUUUCUCGCACCCUGGGUAUUUUGGAGGCCGGGUGGGACCAUCAACGUAUUCUGGAAACAUCCGAAAAGAGUUUGGACUAUUUCGCUCGGACCUCGCAAAUGCCAUGGAUGGACAUGCUUUUUGACAAAAACCCAUUGCUUCGCCUCGGGCCUCCCGGGUUUGCCUGGGCAACGGCCUUCAGUUACGAAGAACUAGAAAAGCGCCGUCAGAGAGGUCCCGCCCCGAAUAUUCCUCCAGACUUUCUGGACAAGUUCCUCGACGAGAUGCACAAGCGCCCGGAUAUUAUCGAUACGAAUAUGGUUGUUACAUACCUCCUCUCGAAUGUGUUAGCCGGGAGCGACACAACAGGUUCCGCUAUGUGCUCCGCCUUGUACAAUAUCCUUAAGCACCCACAAUCCCACCAAAAACUGCGGUACGAACUACGCUGUGGUGGAAUUCAGCUACCCGCCCAGUGGAGGGAUCUAAAAUGCCUUCCGUACCUUGACGCCGUGAUGCGCGAGUCAAUGCGGAUCUAUCCACCCAUUGGUCUCAUGAUUGAGCGGGUCGUCCCGGUAGGUGGUUUCACUCUUCCUGAUGGGCGAUUCGUACCCGAAGGGACUAUUGUGGGUAUGAAUCCAUGGGUCAUCAAUCGAAACGAGGAUAUCUUUGGGCCAAGCACUGACUCUUUUAUUCCUGAACGCUGGCUUCCAACUCCGGGCGAAUCCGAUGAAGACUACAAGGUACGCUUUACGAAGAUGAACUCCGUGGACUUUACGUUUGGGGCUGGCUCGCGGACGUGUCUUGGGCGGGAUCUUGCCCGGUUGGAGAGUUACAAGCUUAUAGCUAUGCUAUUCAUCACAUUUGAUGUCCGUUCAUCCUCCCCCCUUGCCCCUCCUGCGCCAAAUCUUGAGAUAUUCUGUCUUCACCAACUAACACUGUAUCAUUCAUCAGAUGGAACUCCCCCGUCUCGACCACGAGUGUCACGUGACCAACUCCUGGUUCGUCAGACUGACAGAUAUUCCCGUUCGACUCAAGGAGAGAGGAGACCUUGGGUUCGUGACACACGAGAAGAGUUGUUAAUGGUUUCGACCGCUGGAUACCUUAUGAUUAUUGGCGGUACUUUCUGGGUCAAGGAAGAUCCAUUGUAG